GUCCUCAGUCAGCCAUCAUGGUCCCACUUGCACACCGAGAAAGGUGACUUGCUGGUGGUGGAGCUGUGCCAGAACCACGUCCGGACCCUGAGGGUGACCCUCCUGGGUGAUGGGAACCACAGCCCCAAAGUGAUAUACGAGAUCUUCAUCAUGCCAGAGGACAUCAAGCAGGGCGAGGGGGAAGCGCUCUUUGACUUCAUUGCGCAAUGCGUGCGCAACUUCUUGACUGACACCAGCAGCUCCCAGCAGCGCCUGCCCUUGGCCUUUGUCUUCCCCUUCACCUGCAGGCAGACACAGCUGAACAAGGCAGUGCUGCUGACCUGGACCAGAGGCUUCAGUGCCUCGGGCUGUGUGGGGCAGGACGUGGUCCAGCUGCUGCGGGACGCUGCCCAGCGCAAGCACCACUUAGGUCUGGAUGUGGUGACCUUGGUUAAUGACAUGGUGGGAACCAUGAUGUCCUGUGGCUGUGAUUACCCCAAAUGUCAAAUUGGCCUCAUCGUGGGGACAGGGACCAAUGCCUGGUACAUGGAGGAGAUGAAGAAUGUGGGCACUGUGGAGGGCGAGGAGGGCCACAUGUGCAUCAACACGGCGUGGGGGGCCUUCGGGGACAACGGCUGCCGGGACGACAUCUUCACCAACUUCGACCGUCUGGUGGAUGAGAAAACAGUCAACCCUGGCAGGCAGAGGUUUGAGAAGCUUAUCAGUGGCAUGUACCUGGGCGAGAUCGUGUGCCACAUCCUCCUGGCACUGGUGGAGAAACAGGUCCUGUUCUGCGGCAAGCCCUGCCCCAAGCUCCAGACCAGGAACAUCUUCCAGACCAAGUUCCUGUCCGCCAUUGAGAUCGAUGGGCUGGCCCUGCAGCAGGUCCAGACCAUCCUGCGGGACCUGAGGCUCCAGGCCAGCUUCGGGGAGAGCUUGCUGGUGCGGGAGGGGUGCGAGACACUGUCCUGGUGGCCACUGGCCAUCACCGUGGGGGUGGACGGCCCCUUGCACAAGGUGCAUCUGCACUUCUCCAACAACCUCCAGGUGCCCAACUGCACCAUCACCUUCCUGCUGUCGGAGGAUGGCUCAGGGAAAGGGGCC